CUUUGGCAGGUGUCAAUGACAUCAUUGAAAGAGCAGCAUCUGUAGAAGCAAAAAUGAACUACCAAUAUAUUCUAGUUUGAUGACAAUCAGCUGUUACCUGCCAAAUAAAAAUCAUCGUUCUUUGAGGUUCUGUGCUUGUGAUGGUGGUGACAUGUUUGCUAGAGCCUAGAGAGGUAGAAAGUGGAAUCGAUAACAAACAGUGAUAACCCCGAUGAAAAUAGUGAGCCCAUGAAUUAAAACCGGUCGGCAAUUAACGUCCAACAGUUAUGCAAAACGUCGUGAAUAGCCUGAAGGGCACAGCCCUAGCAGUAGGUGAAUACCUGACACCAGUUUUAAAGGAGUCAAAGUUCAAAGAAACCGGGGUCUUGACGCCAGAGGAAUUCGUAGCAGCUGGGGAUCACCUAGUGCAUCAUUGUCCCACCUGGCAAUGGGCUACUGGAGAUGAAUCUAAAAGUAAACCCUACUUGCCUAAGGACAAGCAGUUUUUGAUUACUCGUAAUGUGCCGUGUUCUAGGAGAUGUCAGCAGAUGGAAUAUUCCCAAGAACUAGAGAAAAUAAUAGUGUCAGAAGAUGCAGACAAUGGUUGGGUGGAUACACAUCAUUAUGAUAAAGAUAUAACCUCUAGCGAGGAUAAUGCUGAGAUGACUUUGGAGGCGGCGAGGUCAGAAAGUAUGGAGGAGGCGGCAGCAAAAGGAGAUGCAGAUGAGGAUGAUGACGACGAUGAAGAAGCGGCAGAUAUGGAGGAGUUUGAGGAAAGUGGUGCUCUUGAGGAUGAUCAAAUAGCCAAAGUAAUAAAACCAGCAGAUACAGAAAGGAAGAAUGAUGAAGAUGGAGAAAUUAUUCACACCCGAACAUAUGAUCUGCAUAUUACAUAUGAUAAAUAUUACCAGACUCCUAGGUUGUGGCUCACAGGAUAUAAUGAAAAACAUGAACCUCUUUCACAAGAAGAAUUAUAUGAAGAUGUUAGUAAAGAAUAUGUUAUGAAAACUGUAACCAUGGAGACACAUCCUCACCUUAGUGUACCAAAAAUGGCAUCUGUACAUCCUUGCAGGUGAAAAAUUGUUGAUUCACAGGUCAAAACUUUUCAAUAGCAAAUAUUCUUUGGUCUUUUAGUUUCCAGAUCUGACGUAGGACAUUCAUUAGCACAGCUGAGCGCUCACUGAUGGGUUGUGGAGCACAUGAUUGGUACAUGUCAUGUCAAAUUUUCUACCAAUCAUGACGGUUGAGUAACCGCUCAUCAAGGAGUCAGUUGAAUGCGGCCAUUGCAUAGCGUUUAAGAUGUUUGUUUGUUUUGUAUUUAGUUUUUCUGAUAACAUGUUUCUUUAAAGGCAUGCUGAGGUAAUGAAGAACAUAAUCGGCUACGUUGUAGACGGUGGUGGCGAACUAGGAGUCCACAUGUACCUGAUUAUUUUCCUGAAAUUCAUGCAAUCUGUCAUACCUACCAUCGAGUACGAUUACACGCAAAAUUUCAAAAUGUAAUCAACUUAUUGUAUGUUUUUAUCUUUGUGAGCACACCGCCGCUUCUCAUGAUAUUGUUAUUCUAUUUACUAAGCUUUAUAUAUUUUUUUUACCUAUUCACAAGC